AUGCAGCACUUCGGUAAGGGGAUGAUGAGGGUGGCCAAGAAUUACACCAAAGGCUACUCGGAAGUGCAGGCCAAAGUGCGAGACGCGACGUCCAACGACCCUUGGGGACCGUCGGGUACGCAGAUGAACGAGAUCGCCCAAAUGACGUUUAAUCAGAACGACUUCAUCGAGGUCAUGGAAAUGCUCGACAAGCGACUCAAUGACAAGGGAAAGAAUUGGCGUCAUGUAUUCAAGUCCCUUACCGUUCUAGAUUACCUUCUACACGCUGGAUCGGAGAACGUAGUGAUCUAUUUCAAGGACAACAUCUACAUCGUCAAGACCCUCAAGGAGUUCCAAUACAUUGAUGAGGAUGGCAAGGAUCAAGGAGCGAACGUGCGUCAAAAGGCAAAAGAUAUCACUAAUCUGCUGCAGGACGAUGAGCGGCUGCGGAAGGAGCGACGUUCGCGCGCAAACAUGCGCGAUCGCAUGGUGCGCGGCCGGGGUGGCACCAUGGAUGGUGCGGACGAAUUCGGGGACGAAAAUGCCCAACGACGGUCGCGAAGCCUACCGCCACGGCGUCAGGGGACGGAAACUGACGCAGAGCUGCAGCGUGCGAUCGAGGAGAGCAAGAGAUCGCUUGCGGAGGAGCAGGCGCAGCAGGGCUGGAUGACGGCGGAGGAACGGGAUUUGCAGCAGGCGAUCAAGCUGAGCGAGGAAGAGGAGGCGCGGCGCGCUAAGGCCAUCGCGGAUUCAAAUAAUUCCUCGCUGUUCGAUGACCCGAAUCAAUCCACCAACCCUUUCCCACUAGUAGACAUGUCGGCAACCGGUCUCCAGCCGCAGUUUACGUCGAUGCAGCCGCAAUUCACAUCCUUCAACCCAUAUCAGCAGCAAGCGCAGCAGGAGGCCAUGCAGGCUGAGUAUAUGCGGCAGCAACAGGAGUGGAUGCAGCAGCAACAGCAGCUACAGGCGCAGCAGCAAGCGCAGCUUAUGGCCGCUCAGCAGGAAGAGAUGAUGCGGCAGCAGAUGCUCGCCAUGCAACAGCAACAACAACAACAGAUGCUAAUGGCACAGCCAACUGGCUUUGGCUCAAACAAUCCAUUCGCGCCGUCGACAUCGCCGGCGGUUUCAGUCACGACGUCCUCGCUGGGGCAGUACUCCCACUCCAUGUCGGCUUCACCAGCGCCCCAGAGCUCAAGUCCUGUCUUCAACUUGCAAGGCACCUACGCCAAUACCCCUAGCUCGGCUUCGCCUCCUCCUCCGUCACAUUCUGCGCCGCCGAGAUCACAGACAGCGCAGGGGAAGACACGCGCGGACGAGCAGCACGCACACCUCGCGGACCUGUUCGCCAACCGAGAGGAUGGUAUCGAUACCUUCGGCAAUUUCGGUCAACUCAGGUAUGGUCAGCAGGCCGGACGGUUGAUCGGGCAGUCGACGGGCCAGCCGCAAUCUUCUUACAAUCCCUUCUCGCAACAGCAGCAAAGUCAGCAAAGCAGCGAGCAGCCAUUCUUCUCCAUAUGAUAUAAGCGCAUGUCUGUCGCCUUCCCUUAUCAUCGCAAUUUCUUUGCCACCUAACAUUCUCUAGCUUCCUUUGCCCAAUUUGCUUCCGUCCCGAACUAUUGUUCGUAUGGGUUGGUUUAUCGACAAUAGUAUCCGUACACAUACCCUCCUUGCGUUAUU